UCAACAAUGGAAAAAAUAUUAGGAGCUGAAUGGAAAUGCGCGGUGCAUGUAGCUGUGUGCUGAUCGCGUGGUUGUCCCGCAAUGAGCCGCCGACCUCCGGACCACCCCUGCGGAGCUGGACGGGAGAUGAGGGCAGCCUGGAUCCUGACUGUGUGCGCCCUCGUCACCGCUCAGACUGCCGGAGGAUCACCGCUGAUCCCGGACCCCGAGGUUUUUCUGGAAAAGUACGGCUACCUCCAUCAGGACAACCACAUCCACAAUACGGUGGAGGUGCAGUCAGCCAUCCGCGAGUUCCAGUGGUUGUCCCGGCUUCCUGUCACAGGUGAACUUGACGGCGCCACCCUGAGGCAGAUGGCGGAGCCCCGCUGUGGGGUGUCGGACGAGGGCAGCCAGCAGAUCUGGGCUCAGAGAGUGAACGCCAUCUUUACUGGAAAAAGGGCUGCUGCAGGGCGACCUCAGAGCCGCAGGAAGCGCUCUGCUGCACAAGCUGAGAAGUGGUACAAACGUCACCUGACCUACCAGAUAGUAAACUGGCCUCGCCAUCUGUCUCUGGGUUCUGUGCGGCUGGCAGUGCGUGCAGCUUUCCAGCUGUGGAGCAAUGUGUCGGGCCUGGUCUUUCAGGAGGCCCCUGAAGGACCCGCAGACAUCCGGCUGGCCUUUUACGAGGGAGACCACAACGACGGGGCCAGCAAUGCAUUUGAUGGACCAGGGGGAACUCUGGCUCACGCCUUCCUGCCUCGCCGGGGCGAAGCUCACUUCGACAUGGCGGAGAGGUGGACACUCAACGGACACAAAGGACACAACCUGUUCAUGGUGACCGCCCACGAGAUUGGACACACUCUGGGACUGGAGCACUCCCCGGUCCGUAACGCUCUGAUGUCGCCGUACUACAGGAAGCUCGGCCGCAGCCUGGUGCUGAGCUGGGACGACAUCAUCGCAGUGCAGCAGCUGUACGGUAAGCCGUCAGGUGACCGCCCUGUGAGGUUGCCAGGUCAGGUUUUGCACGCCACGCUGCAGGAGUGGGAGACCACAGAGCUGAAGACCACAGGACAGCCUCUCUACUGCCAGGGCAUCUUUGAUGCCAUCACUAUGGACCAGAAUGACACCGUGCUGGUGUUUCGGGGCAGUAUGUACUGGACAGUAUCAGCUGAAGGCAGAGUGAGCGGCCCGCUGCCUCUCCGUCAGCGCUGGUCUGACCUCCCUCCGGCCAUCGAGGCUGCUACCUUCUCCCCGCUGGACUCCAAGUGGUAUUUUUUUAAAGGGAAGCGGAUGUGGCGCUACAAUGACAGUGUGCUGGACCCCGGCUUCCCCAGGAAGAGCAGUGAUUUGGGGCUGCCUCGCCACCCUGACUGUGCCUUCUUUUACACCCCUCUGGGUCACAUGGUCCUCUUCAAGGGCUCCCGCUACUCUGUGCUUAAUCUCAAAACACUGCGCCAAGAGCCCUACUACCCCCGCAGGCUGACAGACUGGACUGGGGUGCCACAGGGGACCAAUGGGGUGCUGACCCGUCCAGGCGGACGCCUGUACUUGUUCAGAGAACAGCGCUUCUGGACUUUUGACCCAGUCAAGGUGCGAGUCACCAGAGAGGGUCAGUGGGCUAAGGAUCUGAGCUGGACCGGUUGUAGAAACACUCUACAGAGCAACAACAUUCUUUGACCAGCAGAUGGAGCUGUAAGCUUGAGGUAAAGUGCAAUUUGUUGAUGUAAACUGUAAUACAGAGGUGCUACAACCCACAUUGAGUUUAUAUGCUGCAAAAGUCUCCUGGCUCAAAAACUCCUUCCAUGUAUGGACUUACAGACACAAGCCCACUUGGUUUAUACAUUUUGAAGCAUAUGCAGUAUUUAUACUGCAGAGCAAUUAAUCUUACUGUAUAUGGAUGUGCAAUUAUAGCCUUUUUAAUAAUGUUUACACAAUAAUAGGACUGUGCACUCUAAAUGGACCGGACCAAGAAUGUGGUUAA